GGAUAGCUCUUAUAGCUAAUGUAGGGAUCACACCCAUUCAGAGACAGCCAGAAGCUAGCUUCAUCUUUGGCCCUGACGUUACCUAGCAUUACUUGGGCUAAACACCGCACAUAAAAAGAGGUCGCUGACAAAAACUGGCUGACAAUUGUACAUGGACAGCAUCUGUUGGGUCUUGCCCGUCUUGCCCGUCUUGACACCAUUUUGAAAAUGACAGCUGAGUGGGAGCGUGCUCAGAUGAUGACAUAGGAGGCAUCCAAAAAUAGCCACGGUCAAUCACAGCCUGCUCGGCUCUUGGAAUAGCCACAAAUGGAUGUGGGAGCUGAGGCUCUGCUAUGGUGAGGUGUGUUAGCAAUGACGGAUGUGGAGGCGACCUAUGAGGACUUCAUCGCCUCUCGACGGUCCGGCCGCAGGAACGCCAUUCAUGAUAUCCCAGCAGGCCCUGAAGGGGAGGGGCCCACUGACCUGUCACAGAGUCUGGCACAGCUCAGCAUCAACAAGACAGGUGAUGAGGGAGAAAACAGUGAGAAAGGCCAGAACUCUCCAGCUAAAGAAGAGGAGACUCAAGCUGAGGGCAGCUAAACUGACAUUUGUGGACUCAAAGAACCACUUCUUCUUGUCUACCUGAUCCCCGAAUGCUAGGCCCCCAACUGGCCAGUCGCAUCUAAUGACUGUGAACAGACACGGCAAAAUCCUCCACUGCCACCGUCCCGCUGUCAAGGAGGCAUUGCUAUGGCAACCACAGCGCAGUUUCCCUUCUGUGCUUGGUUGUGUUCCAUUUUCCUUAAAAAGUCUCCUUUGCUUGCUGCCUUUCCAUCAUGGCUGGCAGAAUGAGAUUGGACCUGAUGCAUGCAUGACAUCAGCAACCCCGAUCAGCCAUGUUUGACUGUCAGUGGUCCUGAGUGGAAUGGAGAGAAGGAGCCAGACUUAAGUGUUUCCAAAUUAAAUUGAAUUAAAACUCCUUGUCUUGAAUCAAUCACUGGUGAUGCAGCUGAAACACUUUCAGGGAACGGAGGACAGUGAUUGGAUAUUUUCCUUCCUCUGUUCUUUUGCAUUUACACCUGCACGUGUGUUAUAUUUCUCAUCUCCCUCAAUGAUUUUCUUUUGUAUAUUUGUUUAUUUUGGGCCUACUAGUCUACUAGUUCCAUCCAUCUUUUGGAUUUUGAGUGGUUAAAGUCGCACUGAACACCCUGCAAUCUGCCACUUUUAAAAACAGCAUUGCUAGAAAGGGCCAGUCCAAAUCAGGUUAAAAACACAGGACAUAUAGCAUUUAUUACUGGAACAAUGCUCUUUAACAUCAUCAAGGCAAAAAGCUAAUAUAAAGAGCGACUAUGUUCGUCUCACUGGCUGGCUUCACUUUUUCUUGCUUUGCUCUUGCACACUGACCCUUGCAAAAAUCCACUAUAGUGCUUUUUGUACCCACUGCCAGGCAUCACGGAUGCAGCCACUAUGUGCUUCUACUAGAUAAUACAUAUUUUCCUUCCAUUUUUUAUAUAUAUUCAAAAUAAUGUAAAGGUUUUCUAGAUCUUUGAACAAUGACAACGUUUUAAAAUGCAACCUACCUAUGAUUUCCCACAUUUUGUAACUUUGUAUAUAUUAAGCUGUCAACUUCAAAUAUUCAUUGUGACUUCUUGCAAUCAGUCAGAUGGAAUUUACCAUUACCAUACACCUUAUGUUGAUCUAACUCUAGUUUGGCUACUAAUAGUUAUAUUUAAUCAUCCCUCUCAUUGUCUUGUAGUACGUGACGGCAAUGGAUGAAGAAGUUCUCUUUUCAAGCGUAAAGAUUUUAAAGUCUACACACAAAAAGUGUCCACAUUACAAUGUGUUCUGGUUAUUCUAGAUUGAUGCACUGCUGUUUAGCAUAUCCAAACGUGUCUGUGUGUGAGUGUGUGUAAGGAAGUGUGUGUUUAGUGUGAUUUAAUUUACAGUGGAAUAUUUAGAUCAAGCAUUUAUUUGCUACUGGAGAAAAAAAAACACUUAUUGCACUCAAAUACACCAGUGUGUUGUUUAUAAUGUAUUAUCUUACUGUUUAUUGGAAGUGUGUAUUUCUCUGUUAUGGGGAGUCUGUUAGAAUGAUUAUUGUUGUGAUCGGACAGACUGCCUAUGAAUUCCACAUUUCUCUCGUCAGUCAACCUUUCAUUUAAACUUAGGAGGGAACCACCCCUUUCAGUACUAUUACGAUUGCUAAGAUACCAAUCACAUAUGGGGAUAUACUCUCUGAAAUGUUCUAUCUUGAAUUCAUAUAACGCUUUUGUUUGAGUAUUUUCUUAAAACUGAUGACAUCACUUGGUUGUCUUGGCUUGUAUUUGUGGAGUUUUCAGACUGAAAAAGAAAUAAAAUGACUUCCCUAUAAAAACCUCACAACAACAAUGUAUUGACACAUACAAAACCAAUCCCUCUCUGUCAUGAUUUAUGCCCCUUUAGAAGUGUGUAGCUGUGUCCGUAUCAACACAGACCCUGCUCUCAGCCCGUAUUUUCUCCUUUCUUUUGAUUUUGAUGCAUUCAGAACUCUUGCUUUCACUGAGCCAGGGAGAAGGGCUGAAUGUUAUAUUUACUCACAGUAAACACUUCCUACAUAGUAUGCCUUUAAAUGACAAUGGGGCAUUUUUACUUUGUAUUUACAGAUCAUAAUUACUUAUAUUGAGUCAAGUAUAAUGUGAUUUCAUGACCAGUACUGUUGUAGUACAGGUGACCGAGAGCAUAUUUUCUAUAUUGUUCAUUCAUGAGUCAUGUCACUGUUUUGUCAUUGACUUUAUGGUGUAAUUCCCUCAUAUUUGCUUUUGUUGACAUGCAAUUAAAUCUCACUGGUGGAAAAUAA